AUGACCUGGGGAGAAUUUGAGGAUAUUACAAGAUUUGAGGAAAAUGAUGUUCUUGUCGUAGGAGAAAUUCUAUCUCAAGGUGUAAUUGAGGGAGCCUCAUCAUCUAGGGCUUCUACAACUACAGACUCUCCUUCUCUUGAAGAUAUUCCACCGGAAAAAUCAACGCAAACUUCAGUGGAAGAAAUUAUCGAGCAACCAAAUGCUACACAAGUUUCUCCUACGACUAAGAAGAGGAAAAUAGAGAAAGCUGACUCUCGUGCAACCGAUACUCCUACAGCCACACAAGAACUAUCAUUGAGGAGAAGUCAUAGGGUUUCACAAAGGUUGCCAAUGCAGAAGAGUGUAGAGGUGAUUGUCUCUGUUGAGUCACCUGAGCAAGAACAUGACGGUCCAAAAGAAACUCAGCCACAGAGGAAUCAGGGUUAUGAAGGAUUGAAAAACCUAGCCAGUAUUAUAGAGAAAUUAAUAGAGACAAGUGAUAAGGUUCUGAAACCCCAGAGAAACAUAACAAUGGAGUUGAAAACUGUGUGUUGCGCAGGAUGGAUAUUAAUGUUCAUCUUCCCCCCAGUCUUCUGCUGUGAUCGUUGUCUUCACAAAUCAAAAGUAUCCUAUUACUCUUCCUCCGAGGCUAUCAAUGUGGGAGCAUGUGGAUACGAAUCCUUUGCAUCAACCGUGAACAAUGGAGAUGUGGCCGCAGCGAGCGCCAAAAUAUACAGGGAAGGGGUUGGUUGUGGCGGCUGCUAUCAGAUAAGAUGCACUGAUCCUGAGAUUUGCAGCGAAUCAGGGAUAAAAGUUGUGGUUUCAGACUUCACCCAAGACAAUCAGACGGAUUUUGUGCUGCCCAGUCGCACCUUCUCAAAGAUGGCGCAACCCACAAAAUCUUCUAAGCUUCUGAAGAUGGGCAUUGUGGAUAUCGAGUACAAACGAAUACCAUGUGAGUAUCCAGGGCAGAACAUGACGGUGAAAAUAGACAAGAUCAGUAAUUACCCAUACUUUCUUGCCGUGCAAUUUCUGUACCAAGGAGGCCAGACAGAUAUCGUUCUCGUGGAUGUUGCUCAGGCUGGAUCUUCGAAUUGGAAAUACAUGACGCGCAACCAUGGGGCAGUGUGGAGUAUGCAGCAGCCUCCAAUGGGGCCUCUAUCUUUACGGCUGGUUGUUACAAGCGGAUACGAUGGUUAUUGGGUGUGGGCCAAGGGACCUGUGCUCCCUGCUAACUGGAAAGUGGGCUCUAUUUACGACAGUGGAGUUCAGAUCACCGCCAUCAAACAAGAAGGUUGUUCUCCUUGCCCACAAGAUGACUGUUCCCCCUGCGACACCGAAGAUUGGGACCAAUAG